AUGGGUUGCUUCCGAUUUCUCAUUCGAUGCUGCAAAAAAAAUCGACUUUCUCUCUGCCUCUAUGGACACAAACCACGAACGAGAACGAACAAAGGGAAAUCGACGCAUCUGCUUCUUCCGUCAACUUUAGCUCCGGCCUCUCAAGUCGUCGACGUUAGCUCCGGCUUCCGGCUUUGUGGAUGCGACGACGACCUGAUUCCAACAUCGUCCGCCUGUUGACCUGAUUCCUGAUAUCAUCGACGACCUUAUUCACACUUCACUGCCUCCGUUUGACCCUCUGCCACUGCCGCCUUAUUGGAAGAUGUAUUACCUCAGAAGCAAAUUUACACAGAGCCCUGUUAGCAAAUCUGCUACGAGGAUGAUUAGGAAAUCACUCGACUGGUGUAUGAAACCAUCUGCCCACCAAGUGUUUGAUGAAUUGCUUGAAUGAAUCUUGUAGUCUUGAUUAUCAAAGCAAGGACAUAAGAAUGGAUUGGUUAUGAACUCAGAAUGAAAGUGUUAAUGCUGAUAAAGUGCAACAACAUGCUGACAAGGUGAAAUCAUGCCUCACAAGAAUGGAUUCUUCAUGUUUUCGUUUGAUAACUUAGAUCCAAAUAUAGUAGUUGGUUAUUUAGAUGUGAUGUAUUAAGGAUCGAAGAGUU